UUCUUUGGAAGCACCUGGGGGCAGUGGUUCGGAGGUAACUCGGAGUGGCUCACAUUCCGGUGGUGUAUAAGUACUGCGCGGUUCGAAACAAUGGAUUGUAGGACACCAGGACUUCACUCUCUCAUUCGCCACCACCCGACCAUCGAUCAGCGUUUGCCCGACUCCCAACGACCGCUCACCGUCUGCAAGCUCAAGCACGCGCCCGCGUCCGAGUCGCCGAACCCGAGAACCCGACAGCCACCCGUGUCGACUUAUACCUCCCACCACUCCGAGCCGUCGUCGGACCGACAACAUCGCUUCGAAACCUGGGUUUAUUGAGACGUCUGUACCAUCUUGGCAAAUUUGAUCCUUGUCCCGACAUUCCCAAGUCAUGCGCCGUCCUGCGCGACGCACUCAGGCUCGUCGGAGUGGCGCUGCCCGGAUCUUCCGCGGAGUCUUCCCCCAGGAGCUAUGUGACAUGGUCAUCAACCUCGCAUCCGACGACCAGUCGACAAUGAGGGCUUGUAGCUCUGUCGCGCGCUCCUGGGUGCGGACCUCUCGCCCGCACAUCUUCAAGAUCGUUACAUUCAAGGACUGGGACGACGUCACCGCUUUCCUGGCUAUCAUUUCCUCGCAUGUGCUCCGCUCGGACUGCAUCGUUGAUCUCGUCUAUGAUGUCUGCAUCAGUGAAGAUGCGUCGGCAAUUCCUUUGGGGUCCCCGUCGCUGUGGAAGCAUGAUAGGCUCCCUGAUGUACUGAGAAGAUUCAACUUUCUGGACACACUACGACUGGACCGACCCUGGUGGACUCCGCAUCGUGUUUCGCCGGUUGUCGCAGAGGCGAUCGUAGAAGUAUCUCGCAAGGCCGCCCGGUUAUACCUGUACGACGCCUACUUCAAAGAUAUUGAUGACAUGGUGCCCCUACUCUCCUCCGCGCCACAGAGGUCUUGCGUGUGCAUCACAAAGCGACCCACGUUAGAGUACUCUCUCAUGAAGGAGACCUACCCAAUCCAUCAGAAAGUCAGCAUCGAUACCUUCAGAGGUGAUCUCGUCGGGUACACCGAAUUCUGCCUUGCCAUGCGUUCGGCGUCCACCAUCAAGCCGCCGUUCUCGGUGACCAUCAAGGAAGUUCAUCUGGAAGAUACCAACUGUGACCACGUUGAGGAUGUCGACCCCGACGAAGCUGGCAAAAUCCAGGCUUUCCUCGCCUCCGUGAACCUUAGCAUGCUCACAGGAGUCAAUCCAACGAUACCUGGUAUAUUGGGAGGCUACACGCGAUUGACCAAUUUGGUCGUUCAUUCCUUGCGCAUUGAUUGCCCGACACUCCUGGAAACAGGGAACAUGCUCCCUAGGUACCUAGUCCAGCUCCUUGAAUGGCGUUUCGUCCCAGCGCGUCAAAUCCAUUUCGUCGUCGACGGAUCUGUUGACGAUAUGUCCCCACGUGCUCCCGACAGGCUGGAUUCUACCCUGGACAGCCUCGCACUGGAAGAUCCUCCAGUGGAGGUCAUCUUCGACACGCGUUCGCCUGCUGAUCGUCUCGAAGACUGGAUCAAAGUAAUCUCAGCGCGUUUCCCUAACUUCCUCGCUCGAGGCACACGUGUCGGUGUGGUCUGUUCCGCUUUAGACGGUCCGAAACGCGAGAGGCGUCGUGUCGCGGAGCACUGGUGGCCAUAAUUGUGCCACAACAACCGGAGGCAAAUCCAAACAUUGGCCUUGGUAAGCGGCUCCAUCUACGGCAAUAUCUCUGUAUCUCACUUAUGGCCAAUGCUCAUGUUACUCAGCUCCUGAUGGCAGCCCCAAAGUAUCGAAUUUCGCUAUAGCUCCAAGCGCGUCACCACCGAUUCGCCUGUUGACCGAAGUAGAAGGAAUACGCAUCAGAAGAUCUGUACAACUACCCAAAUCUCGCUUCGAUAAUACUUCUAUGUCUCCCGUGUAAGAUGCGGUCACCGUGCCUCCUAAAUGUCAAGGCCACAGCCGUCCCAGAUAGGUAAGGCCUCGCGAGCCAUUCAGCUAACGCAAAGUGCCGCCUCGAGGUGGCCCUCUCUCAC